AUGCUUUCCCAAGUUUUCCGUCUCCUCUCUCUAGCAAGCCUCAGCUCAGCCCUCCCCUCAACUCCUCCCCUUCUCGGCCCCCGUCAAUCCUCAACAACCAUAACCAUCGACCUGACCAAAACCUACAACCUGAUCUCCGGCUUCGGCACUUCGGAAGCCUUUCAACGCGCCGUCCAAAUGUCCAGGCUGCCAGCCACCGAGCAACGCCGCGCUCUCGACUUGUUAUUUUCCACAACCACGGGCGCCGGUUUCUCCAUCCUGCGCAACGGCAUCGGCUCCUCGCCCGACCAGAGUUCCGACCACAUGGUUUCCAUCGCGCCCAGAUCCCCGGGUAGCCCCGAUAAGCCGCUGAUUUACGAUUUCGAGAAGACAGGCGAGGACAACAAGCAGCUGUGGGUGAGCCGGGAGGCGCAGCAUACGUACGGCGUCAAGACGAUUUAUGCGGAUGCGUGGAGCGCGCCGGGGUAUAUGAAGACUAAUGGGAAUGAUGCGAAUGGGGGCACGCUCUGCGGGGUGCCGGGGGCGAGUAGUUGUAAGAGUGGGGAUUGGAGGCAGGCGUAUGCGAAUUAUUUGGUUAGAUACGUCCAGUUCUACCAGGAAGCCAACGUAACCAUCACCCACUUGGGCUUCAUCAACGAGCCAGAGCUCACAACCUCCUACGCCUCAAUGCGCUUCACAGCAUCGCAAGCAGCCGACUUCAUCAAAAUCCUGCACCCCACCCUCCUCCGCGCCGUCUCCUCCAGCCUCCUCACCUCGGCCCCAGGAAUAGCCUGCUGCGACGCCGAAGGCUGGUCCACCACCUCCUCCAUGCUCUCCACCUUGAAAUCCUCCUCCGCCGAGUCUCUGUUAUCUAUAAUAACCUCCCACGCCUACACCUCCUCGCCCUCUUCCCCGCUUAACACCCGCUUACCAACAUGGCAAACCGAAGCCGCGGACUUGCAGGGUGCAUGGACAAAUGCUUGGUACUCUUCUACCGGCACUGGUAACAGAGCGGGCGAGGGUUGGACGUGGGCGAAUAAUGUGUAUACGGCGCUGGUGAACGCGAAUGCUAGUGCGUAUUUGUACUGGAUUGGGGCGCAAAGUGGGAAUACGAAUAGUCACCUGGUGCAUAUUAGUAGUUCGGGGAAGGUGGAGGCUAGUAAGCGGAUGUGGGCUAUGGGCAUGUGGAGUCGGUUUGUGAGACCCGGGGCGAGGAGGGUUGGGACUAGUACGAGUGGUGGAAGUUCAUUGCCGAGUGGGGUAAAGAUUGCGAGUUUUAGAAAUGAGGAUGGGAGUGUGGCGACGGUGGUGUUGAAUGGGAGUGGCAGUGCGGUCAAGUUGGGUGUUAAGGUGGGCGCUGGCGGUGAUGGGAAGGGAUAUGGAAGUGUCAAGGCGUGGGUGACGGAUAAUACGAGGGAGAUUGCGAUGGUUGAGACGGGAUUUGAUGAGGCGAAGGGGGAAGGGAGUGUGAGCGUGCCGAGCAGGGCGAUGGUUACUGUUGUUUUGUAUCCUGCUGAAGGGAGUGGGCAGAAGUAG